CCCUCUAUCUCUCUCUCUCUCUCUCUCUCUCUCUCUUGGUGCUGGUUAGCAGAGAGCAGAGGUGGUGGUGAUCCUCCUCCUGCUGCUGCUCACUCAGCUCCCAGCUCUCUCCUCUGCCCUGGGAAAAAAGCGGCCGUCGGAUUAUCCAGCUCGGUAACGUUAGCUCACCAGCUAACGGGUCAAGACAGCGACCGAGAGGAGCCAUGCAAAGCCGCAAGAGCCAGUGAAAGUUGGUCACGGCUGACUUUGGGACUUUAAUGUGCGGAAAUAUAAAAAAGAGGAGGUUCGCGGAUCAUGCCGUCGCCCCCAACGGGAACUUUUCUCUAGGAGUUCCACUUGGGAAAGGCUAGCUCAGGGGCUAGCGAGGCUACAAACUCUUUUUAAUUGGCUUUGGGCUCAAUGGCUCUCGCUUGUUUUGCCCUGUCAUAGCGACAGCUUGGGAAAUUAAAACGGGGAGAGGCCCCAGUGAACUUCAUGACAAGCCAAAGCUCGGUUUUGAAGCUUAACUUCGGAAGGUUAGACUGGCAAAGGACCGAAAAUGAAGAAGCAGUUCAACCGGAUGAAACAGCUCGCCAAUCAAACAGUUGGCAGAGCGGAGAAGACAGAAGUCCUCAGCGAUGACCUCCUACAGAUUGAACGGCGCAUGGAGUUGGUGCGCGUGGUUUCCCACAACACCCACAAGCGGAUGGUGUCCUGUCUACAGGGACACAUCGGAGCAGAGGCAGAGAAGAGACAUUCUGUACCACGCCUCUAUACAGGAAACGGUCAGAAAAAGCUUCCUCUGACUUUGCUGUCUCAGGCGAUGGUGGAGGGCGGAAACCAGUUGGGAGAGGACUCCUUAAUAGGGAAGAUGAUGGAAGUGUGUGGGGAUGCAGAAAACCGUCUGGCCUCAGAGCUGAUGCAACAUGAGCUGCAGAUCGAGAAAGACGUUCUUGAUCCUCUCAGUCAGCUAGCAGAGGUGGACAUUCCCAACAUCCUGAAGCAGAGGAAACAGCUGGCCAAGUUAGUGCUGGACUACGAUUCUGCCAGAGCAAGAUGGUUGCAGGCAACCAAGUCAAUAAUCUCAGGAACAAACACACAUGCACUGACGGCGAAGGCAGACCUACUCAAGGAGGAGAUGGAUGAGGCCACGAACAAAGUGGAGCUUUGCAAGGAUCAACUGGCUGCAGACAUGUACAGCUUUUUCUCCAAAGAAGGGGACUAUGCCCUCUACUUCGUAACACUCUUAGAAGCUCAGGCUGAUUAUCACAGAAAGUCCCUCACUGUUCUGGAGAGCUUGUUGCCCACCAUCCAGGCUCAGCAAGACUCAUGGUCAGAGAAGCCCGCGUUCGGCACCGGGCUGGAGGAGCACCUGAAAAGGAGUGGAAGGGAGAUUGCUCUGCCGAUAGAGGCCUGUGUCAUGAUGCUUCUGGAAACCGGCAUGAAGGAAGAGGGUCUAUUCAGAAUUGCAGCAGGAGCAUCCAAGCUAAAGAAGCUAAAGGCAGCGCUGGACUGUUCCACGUCACAACUAGAGGAGUUCUACUCUGACCCCCACGCUGUUGCUGGAGCCCUGAAGUCCUACCUGAGAGAACUACCUGAACCUCUAAUGAGCCAUCAGUUUUAUGAUGACUGGAUCCAGGCAUCGGGCGUGUCAGACCCAGACAAGAGGCUGCAGGCACUCUGGGUUGUUUGUGAUAAGCUACCAAAGAACAACAAAACCAACCUGAGGUAUCUGGUGAAGUUUUUAGCCAAACUGGCUCAGGACAGUGAGGUGAACAAAAUGACUCCGAGCAACAUUGCCAUCGUCCUGGGACCCAACCUGCUGUGGGCCAAGACAGAGGGGAGUCUGGCUGAGAUGGCUGCAGCGACCUCUGUGCAUGUGGUGGCUAUUGUGGAGCCGAUCAUCCAGCACGCUGAUUGGUUCUUUCCUGAGGAUGUGGAGUUCAAUGUGUCGGGCAUGUUUGCGAUGCCCACGCCUGCAUCCAACCACAACAACCACCUUGAUUAUGAAAGCAGCACCAUCGAGAGGAAGAGGCCUGGCAGUAUGGUGGGACCUGAGAACGACUCAACGCGCAAAGACAACACCCCUAACAAGCACUCGGACCACACCCUCCGUAGAGGCAGUAACACCUUAGGUAGAAAGCAGCACACCUCACCCGCCUUCCAGCCUCCUUUACCCCCUGUGGAGGCUCCGGGGCAGGGGCACGGGGUCGGGGCCGGGCCGGGGCAGGUCCCUCAGCCCUCCUCCGAGCCCCAGCUCCAGCCCCAGCAGCAAGCUCCAUCAGGGGGUUCGUGGCCUGACGCCUCCCAGCAAAGCCUGGCGCAGAGUCUGGCUGCUCUGGCUGCGGCUCAGCAGCUUCUCGCGCAGCACACAGAGGAGCUCAGUAACCCAAAGCUACGUGACCCCACCUCCACCCCUCUCCUCCAGAGGAACGGCUCUGCAGCAGGGGGCCAGGCUGCAGGUCAGCUGGGCACUGGGAACCCCGGGGCUGGAUCCAUGGGGCCCAGUCCACAUCUGAUGCGCAGAGGUACCAAGAAACAGGCUCCUGCUCCCCCCAAACCAACAAACCCUCCACCCAGCCAGCCCUGUAACUCAGUUAACCACGCCUCCUCCUCAUCACAGUCCCUCAGCCCCACCUCCAGACCUCUCUCCGGCCAUCCGCCAGCCUCACCCACCUCUCCCACCUCACAGCCGUGUGCCACACCCAGACGCCACUCGAGUAACCAGCCCCCCAUCCAAGCACCCAACCAUCCGCCCCCUGAGCCUCCGACACAGGCAAGCUCUCCCACCCAGCUCUCCUCCCCCAGCAAGCCUGAAGGAGAACACCACAACGCUGAUCCCUCACCUCCAGGCACCCCAACCCCUCCGGACACCCCGCCACCCUCCUCUGUCACCCAGGAUGCUGCCGCUCCUCCGUCCCCGUCUCCCUACCAGACCGGGUCGCUUCCUCGGCCGCGGCCCGUCCCCAAACCUCGUAACAGACCCAGCGUACCUCCUCCACCUCAGCCCUCCGCGCUGCCCACUGACACCAACGGGAUCUGUGCCACCGCCUACAAGAUGAUGGACCCGGCGAUGUCUUUCAAAGGCCUGAGUCGAGCUUUUGUCCCUGAGCUCGCUGUCGAGCAGCAGCCAGCGAUAUCCCCCUCCUCCACCCUGCUUCCUCUCAAAGACUUAGACCUGGACUCUGAGAGCACCGUCCUAUAAGGAGACGACACCCAUCACGCUCUGGCCCCUGUCACCUCCUCUAUUUCACUGCAUCCUCCUACCAUACACACAGCUCAUGUAGCUCAUGUAGUCUAUUCCUGUUUCGGCCAGUCCAGGACGUUUGAAGGAUUUUUAGUGUGAUGUCAUGAGUCUCCCUGGCAGCCAUGAUGGAGGUUUAGAGCUAAGCUAAUUAGCGCUGCAGAAGUGGUCAAGAGAGACACUAAAAGAGUCCUGCAUGUAAACAAUAUUUCAGUUAAAGUGUGCGCAGUAUUUAUGGAUACUUUCGCUGUUGCUCACGUCUUAAAAAUAUCCAUAACUGCACCUCUUUACAGCCCCUCUUCAAAAAACUUGAACUGUUCCUUGCAUUCUAGCUAAUGUAUGUGGCCAGCAAUUGUAGCAGUGACUACUACAAGACUUAAUUUAGUGUAUUCAAGGUUAAAGCAAAAAUCAGAUUACAUGAUAGAUUUAAUAUUUAUGUUUCAUAACAAGCACUAAUCCUAAUUCAAGCCUUAUGAGGGAUUAUUUUGGUGAUCGAUGAGAAGUUUUUCAGGCGAAAUAAAGAACUUUAAGAUCUAAACUUACACUUUCUGAGAGACUCUAGAGACCAAAUGUUCACUCAAAAAAACGACCGCCAGACAAAUCUGUAAUAUCAGACCUGAUCAUGAAGCAAAUCAACUCUGCUCCUCUUUUAAAAACAGACACACUCCCACAAUCUUCUUCAGCUCUCACUUCCUGCCUCGCUGUUUUUUUGUAGCUCUCUCAGAGAGUCUGCGUGACCUCCAUGAUGCUGCCAGGUGUGACAAAAAGCCUCUCUACACUGCAUCACGCACCAUCUGCAGCCUCCAUCUUCACACUGUGCUCCCUUUGACAUGAAGCUCCAGACAAUCAAGCAGCGAACAGCAGAGGGCCACAGAGGCACGGUGAGUGCACAGAAGCACGGCACAGUGAGCGGGCGUGAAGGCCAAAAACAUGGACAGAUGAGACUCGUUUGGAACUUUGUGGGUGGUGUUUCUCUGUUUCUUCUGAAGUCAAAAACAAUCUUAGGAUGAGCGUUAAAAAGAGAGAGAGGUUUUUUUUUUUACUUCACAUGGGGGAGGGGCAAAGGUCAGACGGUAGAAAUAGAAACCAAAACUGUUGCUCAAAGUGUCGCCGGUGACUGCAGGUUUCCAGUCGUCAAACACUUGAUCUUUUAUUUUUCUUCAGUAACCCCAUCCUCCUUUUUUCCUCCUCUCACUCCUGUAUUUAUUUACCGAUUUCAGAAACACAUUCCCUGUGGCUUGACAGAAUAAAUGCAGUCUUUAAAUGUAAAUCAUGCCUUAUCGGUUCCUGCCAGAACCGCCUAAUAAGCGUUCUAUAUUUACUGUACGGAGGAUAUACUUGGCUCCUUGUAUUACAGUAUUUCCAAGAAGCUGUCUUGGCAACACGUGUGUAUCAGGGCGACAGAAGGGGCACAGCGUACUUGUAUGGUUCAGAGGUUGUGUAUUUAAAUGUGUUUUGCUUGAUUUCUUUGGGUUUUAUGAGCAGGUGCAACACGGUGAGCCGCCGUCUCAUCCUGGUCAGUCAGUAUUUUUGCCUUUCCAUCAAUGUUUGUUUUCCCGCUCAUUUCCAGUAGAUUCAAUGCAAAAAAAAAGAGGCUGUGUUUGAGUGAAUGUAGUGAAAGGACAAUUCUGAGCAGCCCAACAGAAAGACUCACAAACAGCUGAUGUUGCACUUGAGCACAGGCCAACGAGCGGUUUCCCAUUCAACUUGGUUUUGGAGGAUUUUUCAGUCUUUCCCCACUGAGCUGAGAGCACACAGCGCUGUGGAGCCUCAGUAGUGAAGUGGUGUUAGACUGUUGCAAGGUCAAAAGAUGACUCAAAUUGAUUCUCCUUUGUAAGCUAUGCUUUUUUUGCCUCAGUUAUGAUGCAGUUUGGUUCCCAGAGAACUUAAACAUGGUACCAAUGGAGAAAGUCUGGGAUGCUGCAGUUUCCCUGAAAACGAGUUUUGUUUUGUUUUUCAGAGACAAUCCAGCGUUAUGAUCCCCUCCUUUCUCUCUUUGCUCCUGUACCUUGCUGCCUUAUCCCUGUGUUUGAAGAGAGCUUGAUGUUUCAGGACUCUUUAAGAUGAACAAAUGCCAUUAAACUAGAAGUGAUAAUGCUGCAUUUUUAAGCUCCAUAGUUUUGUAUGUAUGCUGUCUGGUGAGCUGAAGACAUGUUAUAUGAAUGCUUGGUUAUACCCCCUUUCCAAAGAAAAUAAAGUAUAUGAAGAACUAUUGAAA